GUAUUGGCUCUGCUAGGCCGCCCUGGUCCUCUGGGUGGCCAGCCGACCCCAGCGGUUCCCGACCUCUGGGGCGCUCUCGGUGCCAUGGGCCUCCCCCCGGACCAGCUGCUGCUGUACGCGGAGAAUUUCUACAGGCGCUUUCCCGAGGAGUUCCUCGCCCUGGGGGCUCCGGGGCUCGAGGACAUCUAUGAUCUCAGGCUGCACGGGACCAGGUGCCGGAGGAUCGUCGAGACCCCCUCGGAGAGGAUCGUGGAGAUCGCCAUCCGCCGCUGGGCCCACACGCUCGUGCCAGCGGGGCCCGCCUACGCGCACUCGCCCUUCGCCGGGCACCAGGGCUGCCCCCACGCGCCCGCCUCCUACGGCCACCCGGGCUGCGCCGCCUACCCGCAGCACCCAGCCUGCGCGGGCGGCCUCGCCGCGCCCAGCAGCGCGGUGGCGGAGGGGCUCGGCGCGGCCGCGCCCUUCGCGCAGGCCGGCGCGGCGGGGCCGGGCGACGGCCACCAGCGCCACGGGGCCGGCCCGCCGCAGCAGCCGGGCCACUGGGCGCUCGACGCCGCGGCCUCGGCGCAGCUCUCGCGGCUGGAGGCGGCGGUGCAGCUGCUGCAGCCGCAGCUGGACAUGCUCGUGGGCCAGGUGGGCGAGCCCAGGGCGCAGCCGGGGGCACAGGCAGCGGAGUCGGCGGCGUCGCCGUCGCCGGACUCGGCAGCGGGGGCGGAGCCCGGCGAGGCCGCGAACAGCAUGCGGCUGCGGCGGCAGCUGGGCCAGCUCCACAUCAACUCGAGCAGGCCGGCGCCGAGCUCCCAGGCGGUGGUGGAGCUGCAGGCCCAGGGGCCCGUCCAUCCGGUGCCCGAGCGCGCGGAGGAGAAGGGCGCCGCGGCGAGGCCUCGGGCCGAGCCGGCCGUCGACGUGACCGCCGCGCCCGAGUCCCACGGCAGCAGGGCGCCCCGCCCAGCCAACGUGAGGCCCAUGAGGCUCGCGCGCGACGCCGAAGAUCCCGAGAGCCCCCGGAGUCCUGGGAGGUUCUCCGCGUGGAAGUGA